AGUGUGCUAAAUCAGCGUUUACAUGGCGAUGCAUUUCCUUUUGUUCAGCUAGCUUAUGUGUAGAAAUACCACAUUCUCAGAGUUCAACUCAUAAAAAAAAUAAUAAGAACAGUCACUAAGAGGCUUCAUUAAGGUCGGCUACCUAGCUGUUUCCUAUUUUAGACUCACUGUAGCUACACAUACCCGACGAAACUCGACACGGUGACAUUUAUUUAGCUAGUCCCGUGAAUUUAUGGAAACAUGUCAAAAAAACGGGCCAGGAAGCGUAGCAAUGGAGAGCUGAGUGAGAGCUCGGCGUCGACCCUGAGCCCAGACCUAGACAACCUGCUGGGCCGUAGGAUUCAGCACACCUGGAGGGAGAAGGGAAAUGUGACCAAGUGGAAAGGCACCGUCCUGGAGCGACUUACUGUGAAUACCUCCCUCUACAUGGUCAAAUAUGACGGCUUUGACUGCGUGUAUGGCAUUGAGCUCUUCAAAGACAACCGGGUGUCCAACCUGCUUGUGUUGUCGGAGAAAGUUGUAAACAAUAAGAUCAAGGUGCCUCCCGGAGCCGAGGAGCUGGUGGGCCGGGCUGUGGAGCAUCUGUUUGAGAAGGAGGACGGGGGGAAAAACGAGUGGCGAGGUAUGGUGCUAUCCAGAGCCCCCAUCAUGACCCAUUGGUACUACAUCACCUACGAGAAAGAUCCGGUGCUGUACAUGUACCAGCUUUGGGACGACUACAAGGACGGAGAUCUACGUGUCCUGCCUGAAUCAGAGAAUAAACACCUACUGCCAGCGGACAGGAAGCCGGGUGAGGAGCCAGAGAGCCUCGUGGGUAAGCAGGUGGAAUACGUCACAGAUAACGGUCUGAAGAGGACGGGCUUAGUUAUCUACCAGGUCCCAGCUAAGCCCACAGUAUACUACAUCAAAUAUGACGAUGAUGUCCACAUCCACGUCUACGAUCUGGUGAAGACCACUUAGUACUGACUGCCCGGGUUCGUCUUCAGCUGAAGGCUCAUCUCUGACUGACCUGCCGUUACCUGUGAAGUGUUACAGAUUUCCGUUUUCUUCCAGCUGGAGGAAAUGUGCCGAAGAUCAAAAGCCUAGUUGUUUUUGUUCGUUUUUUACCUUAAGUGACUAUUGGGUCCUCUUCAAUGUAAAUAAAACUUAUUUGAGAUUGGCUGUAUAGCUCAGCAGAUGAAAUGGAGCUAGGCAAUUUGUUUUCCCUUAGUCACACCUUGUAUAGUGCAACUUUCAAACUUAAAAUUCAUACUUUUUUCAAGCAAAACUUAAACUAAAAUGUUUCAGCUUUCUUACCGCUUCCUAUUUCAUUUUACUUUUAUAUGCCUGUCCUAUUUAUGUAUUCUGGAAUAUCCAGCUGUGCUGCUGGUAACAUUCUGGCAAAACGUCUGUGUUUUGUGUCACUUGGUAGGCCUCAGUUUGAGGAAAACAGAGUAAUAUUAUUUUACCCUCACAAUGAACUAUGAUUUUGGUUUAAGUGUUUAGGGCGUUAUGAGACCUGACUGUCUCACCAUCAUGGUUGUAAAACACAGAUUAUUCAACAGAAAAAAAGAAGUCAUGUAUCAUAUUUCUGUUCUGUUUCAACAUGUAUACUGCAAGUUUUCUACAUUAUGAUAAUAUAUGAAAAAAUGUCGGUGUCAAGUUGUUUAUACUGCACAUUAUUUAUGUAGUUCAAAUUGGCUACCGACAUUUUUGGACUGAGGUCUUUAUUAUUUGCCAAAAAAAUGAAUGACGUGAUAUGGUAUAUUCAGGCCUCAAAAUAUUGUUCUUUGUGACCCUAAUUAUGUGUUGUUCUGUAAAUAUAAUCUGACACAUUUUUAUGAACGUUAAACAAAGCUGCUUGGAAAUUAUUUUUCUCAUUAGAUAUGAAUGCUGUUUGUGUUGGGGUUGGAUUUUGUUAUUGUGUGUGAAUGAAAUUCACCAUUGCACUACAUACAUGUAAUGGUAAACACAUUUUAUCAGAUGAUUGUACUGUCUGAGGUGAUCCUAAAGUGCCUUUCCUUUAAUGGUUAGCUACAUUUAAUUCAUAAUCUAAUGCUCUGACGAUAUGUCCUCCAGUAUGAUGUUUAUUUACAGAUUGGUACUAUGGUGGCCUAUUUGACCCAUUUUAAAUGUGAAAAGCAUUAUCAUUAUUAAUGAUAAAAAUGGGCCCUAUGUGUGUAAUGAC